AUGGGUUGCUCGGAAGUGAGCGAGAGUCCGGAUGGUCCAGGGAGCACCCUGAAAUCAAGUGCAGUAGACACGUCAAAGGAAGCUGAAGAGGCCGUGGUUCUAGACCCCAUCAGCAGGAAAACUGCUUUGCAGGGUCUUUCGGAAUCCAAAGCUUGCUUGGCCUCUAGGGGCAGGUGUACAGCCAUCAUUAUAGCUGUGGAGCAGAAAGGUCUUCAGGCCACCAAGAAGAAAUUGGGUCCUCUUCCAGAAAUACAGUCCCGUAACUUUACCGGGGAAAGGCCAGGAUCUCCCCUCAGUACUGGCGCGACCCCCCAUAAGUCUCCCAGAGCCAGGAAAACACCCACUUGUGGCAAUGAGCGCGCGCUGCCAGCAGCCUCCACGCUGGGAGCUGGUGAUGGGGCGCUUCCGCCGGUGGCGCAGGCCGCAGAGCGAGGGAGCCUUCUGCUUCCCCGAGCUGCUUUGGAAGAGGCGCCCAGCCCAGAGGAACCCCCGGAAGAGAAAGUGCCCGGAGAGAGCCUGAGCCCCAGGCCUGAGGGUGUGCAUGGGGCCCAGGGCCUCCACCCCGCGGGCAGCCGGGGGGAGCGCGGCAGGGGCGCAUGGGCCGGCCAGGCCCCCAGGGGCGGUGCUGCUGGGGCCGCGGAGAAGGGCCCGGGCUCCUCUGCCCGGCCCAGCAGGCUUCCCACAGUGACCUCCUUCAGGAAAGGCAGGCCCUCGGCUCUGAAGCGCUCUGAGGAGCCCCGCGUAGCAAGUCCGACUGGUGCCAGGCCGCCUCCGCGCCUCGUGGACAGGACGGCUCCUCCCAAGGUCGUCCCCCCGCGCGCAGGCGCAGGGGCCGCGGGGCCGAUGGAAAGCGGGGGUGUGGGGACGCCCGGGGAUCUCGGGAGCAGAAGACCUUCCUCGGAAAGCUGCAGCGCAAAGAGACUCAAAACAACAGAGAACAGGCUCAGGGCAAGGUUGGCCUUGGCUCAUAAGACCUUUUCAAACUUUUUUGAGUCAAAAGUGUUAGAGAAGGAGAACAGCGAUGAACGUUCCCCAGGUUCUCCCGAGGGCGAGAAGAGGAGCAGGCUGCGCCAGAGCUCCUGGCGCGCGUUUCUGAAAGGCAGAGACGCAGAAGGCCCCAAAAGGCCUCCCCUAGUGAGUCUGCUUCCAGGACCAGAAAUUCCUUCCCCACCGGUGACCGACAGCCACUGUGAGGAGUGGGCAGAGGACAAGGACGGCUAUGUUUUUGGCGACCACCGGGCACCCCCACGUCCCCCCACACGUUUGUCCUCCGGCAGUUUGGUCUCUCCAGAACACAGGAGAAGAAGUGAACCGUCCAUCAAAUGCACAGCCCCCCAGGAAGGCGGUAGGUACCUACCUUCAGGUAUCUUUCCUGAAAAGCCCCGGCUGACGUCCCCCGCCAGCCCUGGGGCCCAGCAGGCUGGGAUCCGCCGCACCCUGCCCUCCAGCUCUGCCUGCUGGCUGGCAUUCGAAAGCCCAGGCGUGCCCUGCAGGCCCCUGAGCCCCAAACCCCUGAGCCCCAGGCCUGGUGCUCUGGCCGCGGGUCUCCACUACCCUGGCAGGGGCAGUGCCAUCUCCAUGGUUUCUCUUGGAAGCUACAGUGAUGUGGACAGCAGUUCAGGGGCCCCUGAAAGCCCCAAGAUUCCCAAGACCCGGACAAGCCUCCUACUUUCUCUGCAGACAAUAAACCAGGCUGGCCAGAAGGAAGAGCGCGGGAAACGAGGCCAGCGUCCCCGUGGCCUGAGCACAGCACCCUCGCUCAGGGACCUUCCUGGGAGUGAGAACCACAAGCCGUGGGAGGAGCUGCUGGGUGAGAAGCCCAGCUGCUCCUGUGGUCAGAAAGCUGUCCACGCUGAGCCGGCUCAGGGACCAGGCCCCACCACUGAGAGGAUAACGUGGAUCCUCCCCAGGGAAGCUCCUGUACCACCUAGGAGCAUCGCCCACUGCCCGCCCAUCAGCUUGGAUGAUCUGUGGCUGGAGAAGAUGCAGAGAAAGAAGUUGGAGAAGCAGGCCCAGGCUGAGCCGAGGAUGCAGGCAGGGGCAGCCCACAGAGAUGGAGUCCAAUGUUGGAGGAAGACGAUCAUUACCUCUGCAGAGUCUUUGGAUCUCUCUAGAAGCAGCUGCCCACUCUCCCAGAGUGCGCCGACAGGACUGAACCACGUGGGCUGGCCUGAGCACAUUCCCGACACUGCCAUGCCUGAUGGAGCUCUGGACGCGGCCAUGCGUGCUGACGAGGCAGGGAGCGAGGAGGACCUGUAUGAGGACCUGCACGGCUCCGGCCACCACUACAGCCACCCUGGAGGGGGCGGCGAGCAGCUGGCCAUCAACGAGCUUAUCAGCGAUGGCAGUGCGGUCUGUGCUGAAGCGCUCUGGGACCAUGUCACCAUGGAUGACCAGGAACUGGGCUUCAAAGCUGGGGACGUCAUCGAAGUGAUGGAUGCCACCAACAGAGAGUGGUGGUGGGGACGAGUCGCCGACGGCGAGGGGUGGUUUCCGGCCAGCUUCGUGAGGCUGCGGGUGAACCAGGACGAGCCGGGGGACGACGAAGCCCCGCGGCCCGGGGACGGCGAGGCCAGGGACAGCGGGACAGAGGCGCAGAGCAGCAAGGACCAGAUGCGCACCAACGUCAUCAAUGAGAUCCUCAGCACCGAGCGGGACUAUAUCAAGCACCUGCGGGACAUCUGCGAGGGCUACCUCCGGCAGUGCCGCAAGCGCGCGGACAUGUUCAGCGAGGAGCAGCUGCGCACCAUCUUCGGGAACAUCGAGGACAUCUACCGGUGCCAGAAGGCGUUCGUGAAGGCCCUGGAGCAGAAGUUCAACCGCGAGCGCCCGCACCUGAGCGAGCUGGGCGCCUGCUUCCUGGAGCACCAAGCAGACUUCCAGAUCUACUCCGAGUACUGCAACAACCACCCCAACGCCUGCGUGGAGCUCUCCCGGCUGGCCAAGCUCAGCAAGUAUGUGUACUUCUUUGAGGCCUGCCGGCUGCUGCAGAAGAUGAUCGACAUCUCCUUGGAUGGCUUCCUGCUGACCCCGGUGCAGAAGAUCUGCAAGUACCCUCUGCAGCUGGCCGAGCUGCUCAAGUACACACACCCCCAGCACAGGGACUUCAAGGAUGUCGAAGCUGCUUUGCAUGCCAUGAAGAACGUGGCCCAGCUCAUCAAUGAACGGAAACGGAGACUUGAAAACAUUGACAAGAUUGCUCAGUGGCAGAGCUCCAUUGAGGACUGGGAGGGGGAAGAUCUCUUGGUCAGGAGCUCGGAACUCAUCUACUCGGGGGAGCUGACUCGAGUUACACAGCCUCAAGCUAAGAGCCAGCAGAGAAUGUUCUUUCUCUUUGACCACCAGCUUAUCUACUGUAAGAAGGACCUGCUCCGCCGGGACGUGCUGUACUACAAGGGCCGGCUAGACAUGGACGGCCUGGAGGUAGUAGACCUGGAGGAUGGGAAGGACAGAGACCUCCACGUGACCGUGAAGAACGCCUUCAGGCUGCACUGUGGCACCACAGGGGACAGCCACCUGCUGUGCACCAGGAAGCCGGAGCAGAAGCAGCGCUGGCUCAAGGCCUUUGCCAGGGAGAGGGAGCAGGUGCGGCUGGACCAGGAGACAGGCUUCUCCAUCACCGAGCUGCAGAGGAAGCAGGCCAUGCUGAACGCCAGCAAGCAGCAGGCCACCGGGAAGCCCAAGGCUGUUGGCCGGCCCUGCUAUCUGACGCGCCAGAAGCACCCGGCACUGCCCAGCAGCCGGCCCCAGCCACAGGUCUUGGUGCUGGCAGAGCCCAGGAGGAAGCCGUCCACCUUCUGGCACAGCAUCAGCCGGCUGGCACCCUUCCGCAAGUGA